AUGAAGGGUGGUUUCUUGCUGGCGACCGCUACCAUCGCCUCACCGGCCGUGGCGCAAAUGCUGACGGGAUUCGGUUCCUACCCGUACCAACCAGUAUGUGCAGAGAGUUGCCUACGGUCAUUCUCCUCGUAUAUGCUGGACUGCACAAGCAUGUCUCACGAUGAUAUGAUGAUGAUGACUACCUCUCCGGAUUGCCUGGCUAACAACACGGCAUAUCUCACAUCGGUCGCAUGGUGCUUGAACACCAAGUGCUCUCAGGCUGGUGAACGCGCAUCAGGUAUCGAAUCAUUGUGGGAGCGUAAGAUUACAGGGAACAAGAAGGUGGCGGCCAAGUGGUCCUACGGCGAGGCGCUGGCCAACGUCAACCCCAGGCCACCGCAGUAUCAGCUCACUGUCAAUGAUACCAGUCUGAACACUACGGCUAUUGUUGUCCCUACGGUAUACCUGGCGCAAUACAAUGUUCUGAGUGCUGUGUACCGAUCAGCAGUCCUCGAGUCCGCAUACGGAAUCGCCAUCUUGGUUGCCAGCCUCGGCAUUCCCGUGGCUUUGACAUGGCUUGGAUAUCUGCCAUAUAUGGGAACAUUUUACGAUAAGAUCCGCCCAUAUAUCGUGUAUCCAAGCCUGAUUGGAUCGUACCAAGUUCGAUCUCUACCUUACUUACUCGGAAACGCCCCCACAAUUGGCCAGACCUUUUAUAUCGUGGUCUUUCUCAUUCUUAACGUUGUGCUAUCUGCUAUUGAGUAUGAAGGACGCCAGCCUAAUGCGUGGUAUGCAAGUUCUUGGCAGGAAAUCAGCGCCUACGUGAUGUAUCGAACCGGCGCGUUCGCCUUCAUGCUGUUUCCAGUGCUGCUAUUCUUUUCAUCAAGGAACAACAUUCUUCUCUGGCUGACCAACUGGUCACACUCUACCUUCCUCCUCCUGCACCGCUGGGUUGCUCGCGUCCUUAUGCUCUACGUCGUCAUCCACUCCAUCAUCGGCCUGCAAAUCUACUCGCGAUACGCGUCAACAUCCUGGUGGAUAUGGGGCGUUGUUGCCACAAUUUUCACCGUCAUCAUCACCUUUGCCAGCGGGCUGUACGUAAGAAAGGCUCAAUACGAACUCUUCCUCAUCUCGCAUAUCGUCCUGGCGGUGUUCAUCCUGGUCGGCUCAUGGUACCAUCUUGUGCAAUGGUACGCCAGCAUGGGCAUGUACAUCCCCGACUCAUCAGGUUACGAGGUGUGGCUAUAUUUUGCCUUCUCCGUCUGGUUCUUUGAUCGCGCCGCGCGAAUUGCCCGCAUGAUCAAGGCAGGCUUGAGGCGGGCCGAAGUGACGGAACUGGGCGAUGGGUACGUCCGUGUCGACGUGGACGGUCUACGCUACGGUUCCGCGCCGGGAAAGCACUCCUACGUUUACUUCCCUACGCUCGCUCCAUGGCGGCCGUGGGAGAACCAUCCUUUUUCCAUUAUUCCCACGCACAUGCUGCAGCCGGAGCGCGCGGGCGAGAGAGUCUGCUUAGUGGAGUCUGAAGACGCUGAAAAGCAGAAUCAAGUCUCGGCUACUGCUGGUAGAGUCUUACCCAAUGGUGCCUCGGGAGCGGGGAUCACUCUACUCAUAAAGAAGGAAGCGGGCGUCACCAAGUUCCUGAAAUCUGAUGAUAAUUUGCUCGUGCUGCUGGAUGGACCCUACUCAAACAACCAUACGAGCGCGGUGCUGCGGUGUGAUCGUCUGCUGUUGAUCGGCGGCGGGAUUGGCAUCACAGGAUUGUUGCCUUGGUCAUUUAAUCACUAUAAUGUCAAGUUGGCCUGGAGUGUCAAGGAAUCUGCUAAGUUUCUCGUCGAUGCGGUGGCGCUGGAGCACAUUGGUGAUAGGGAUAUUAGGGUGGGCAGUAGACUAGCUGUGAUUGAGCUGAUCGCCGAGGAGGCGGAGAUGGGAUGGGCGAGGAUUGGGGUUGUUGUCUCUGGACCUGGAUCACUUUGUGACGACGUCCGGGCUGCUGUUGCAGCGGCAGGGAAGAAAACGAAUGUUGUGUUUGAUCUUGAGGUCGACGCAUAUUCGUGGUGA